AUUUCUAAAUGUUAAACCUAUCUUGUGCCCAGAUGUCUGUAGCUUUAAUCCUGUCUAACCCUGAAGGAGAAACACAGAGCUGCUCUAAGAGGAGGAGCAACACUGGAGGGAGGAGAGCUGUAACGUCACUUUCCAUAAAUGAAACUUAUCGUUUGUCAGAGCUGCAGUGGAGACACGUCUCUGGAUUUUCUGUCUGAAGGAAGAUUAAACUGUUUGUCAGUUAUUUCUCAGCACUUUACUCAAAUAUGGACAUGUCUUCUGUCAGCUGCCUGCUAUCCGAAGAGAAGUUUCGGUGUGCCAUCUGUAGGGAUGUGUUCAGGGAUCCAGUCAGCACACCAUGUGGACACAACUUCUGCAAAACCUGCAUCACUGCAGCCUGGGAUAAUAAUAAUAACAGAUGUCCCCUGUGUAAUGAGGGUUUUAAAAAUAGACCUUUUCUGAGGGUCAACACUUUACUCUCUGAGAUGGUUGGUGAGUUCAGAAAGUCGGCUCAACAGAAAGCCAACCGCAAACGGUCACAGCAACAAUCGUUCACACCAGUAAAUGUUUCCUGUGACUUUUGCACUGGAACCAAACUGAAGGCCCUGAAGUCCUGCCUGAUGUGUCUGGCCUCCUACUGUGAGACUCACCUGGAGCCUCAUAUAAAUGUGUCAGGUCUGAAAAGACAUCAACUGAUCGACCCUGUGGAGAACCUGGAAGACAGGAUGUGUCCGAAGCACGAUAAACCUCUGGAGCUGUUCUGUAAGACCGACCAGACAUUUGUCUGUCUGCUCUGCUCUGCUUUAGACCACAAGAUGCAUGAGUUUGUUCCUCUGAAAGAUGAAUAUGAAGACAAGAAAGUUGAGCUGGUGAAGACAGAGGCUAAAAUUCAGGAGAUGAUCCAGAAGAGAGGAGUAAAGAUUGAGGCGAUCAAACACUCAGUAAAGCGAAGUACAGAAAAUGCGCACAUGGAGCUAUCAGAAGGUGUUCAGGUCUUCAAUUCUCUGAUCAAGUUUCUUGAGAGAGGCCUGAAUGAGCUCUACAAAACAAUAGGAGAGAAGGUGACAGCAACACAGAAACAGGCUAAAGGCCUCAUCAAAGAGCUGGAACAGGAAAUAUCCGAUCUGAAGAAGAGAAACACUGACGUGGGGCAAGUCACACGCUCAGAAGACCACCUCCAUGUUCUCCGAAGCUUCCCGUUACUGAAAGCUGUUCCACCCACAAAGGACUGGACAAAGAUCAACGUCCAUGUACCUUCAUAUGAGAAAACUGUGGAGGGGGCCUUGAUCCAGCUGGAGGAGACCCUUGAUAAAGAGAUGAAGAAGCUGCUCGGUGAGGCUGAGCUGAAGAGGGUCCAGAAGUACGCAGUGGAUGUGACUCUUGAUUCUGAUACAGCACACCCUGAACUCAUCCUGUCUCCUGAUAGGAAACAAGUGAGUCUUGGUGAUGUAAAGAAGAAUCUCCCAGACAAUCCAGAGAGAUUUUCUCAUUAUAAUUUUGUUUUGGGAGGGCAGAGUUUCUCUUCAGGCAGAUUUUACUCCGAGGUUCAUGUUCAAGGGAAGCCUAAAUGGAAUAUAGGAGUGGCCAGAGAGUCGAUCAACAGGAAGGGAGAGUUCAACAUGAGGCCUCAGGACGGUUACUGGACUAUAUAUUUGAGAAAUGGAAAUGAGUACAGAGCUCUUGAUUCUCCGUCAGUCAGUCUCUCUCUGAAGUCUCAGCCUCAGAAGGUGGGGGUAUUUGUGGAUUAUGAGGAGGGUCUGGUCUCCUUUUAUGACGUAGAUACUGCAGCUCUUAUCUACUCCUUUACUGGCUGCUGCUUCACUGAGAAACUCUACCUAAUAUUAAGUCCCUGUAGUAAUGAUGGAGGCAAUAAUGCUGCCCCUCUGAUCAUCGUCAGACGUAUUGUCGAUCAAACCGCCUGAUCUUUGAGAUCGGCAUGUUGAGCAAUGCAAAUAAAGCAUUGACAACAAUAUGAUAACAUACACUGUAUAUAUAUAUUUACACAUAAACAUGCCAAACAAAAUGCUCAUACUAAAAUAGGCAUCGCGGUCAAUACGGGUAUGCCAAUGUAUUAUAGAAAAAUAAAAAUAAAUUGCUUAUUCAUUCUUAAAUGACAAGAUUUAGAAGUCAUUCAUCGAAAUAAAAUUAAAUAUUCAGUUGAAAUGUUAUCUGAAUUUGAUUUAUCAUUUGUGUUCUAAACUUAAAUAUUUUUCCUUAAUAUUUGGGGGAAAAAAAAGAAGAAGUUAUUUAAAAAAAAGUUGCUUUUGUUUGACUUGUUAUCAUUUUAAGGCUUCUUGAAGAGCGUAUUUGAUUAGUGUUUUUUUAUUAUGCAGGACAAUGUAGUGAUAAUUAACAUCGAUGUAUUGCUGGACUAGGGAUGCAAUUGUUCUGCAUAUUUCAGUUUGCCUUUAAGAUCUUACUUAUUUGAGUUGUACAUUAUUUGAGUGUCAAUGCCAGUUAAUCUAUAUAGAUGUUGAUAUGGACAAAGUAUUUUUAUUUAAAAAUUUUUUAGAACUGUGAAGGGGCUGCAUUGGAUGUAUGACUGACCAUUAAAAUUAGUUUAUUUAACUAAGAACACCGACUAGAUGGUACCUGAGAAAUAAAAUGGGGGGGCAACAGUUUAUUUUCCAAUUCCUACCACAUCACUUCUGGUACAUUUGAUCUGGAACCCUUUUUUGAAAUAUACCUUCAUUUUGAUCUCAUCUACAAACAGAUACAUUUUCGUGAGUGCAUUUUUGCAUGGUUGUAUCAAAUCAAAUCAAGUUUUAUUUAUAUAGCACAUUUAUAAACGAUUUUUGGUCGAGCCAAAGUGCUGUAUAUAUAACAAAAAUAGCCUACAGUAGAGACACUUUACAGCUAAUACAAUAGCACAGAUUGUUCAGAAUAUCAGUAUGAGAAAAAACGACACCCUCUAU